AUGCUGAAUUGUUUCAUAGACUCUAUGAACGCCCUUGUCUCCGUGAUAUACCGCCCACCAGAUGCUCCUCCCGGAUCCUUCAAAGCAGUCCUGGACCAGGUGCAGGAGAAGCUAAAUAAUCUGACAUCGAACGAUAGAUCACCUGACAUCUACAUUAUGGGGGAUUUCAACCUCCCAAAUAUAGAUUGGGACUCUUGCCAAGCUUUACCUGGUCAACCACUUUGUGACCAGCAAGCUUGUUCCGAACUAAUUGAUUUCAUGGAGAGAAAUUUCUUGACACAAAUGAUUUGUAAUCCCACGAGAAAUAACAACACCAUCGAUCUUGUCCUCACAAAUAAGCCACAGGACACAAUUGAGACCAAUAUCUCCGAAUGCCAACUAUCUGACCACAGGCUAGUUGAGCUCGUACUCGGACAUAACCCGCUCUGCCCAAAAGAACAUACUCCUAUAUCUUUCGACAGAAACUCUUUUCGGGCGACUGAUUUUCAUAGAGCAGACUUUGAAGCUAUGAACGAUCGUUUAGAAGCUGUUAACUGGAUCUCUUUGAGAGAACUCUGUUAUGAAGAUGAAGAUGGAAGUGCUUUUCUGGAGCUUAUACGCCUAACUGUCCUCCAGAUAACCCUCCUAAAUUCGCCUUCUAAAGACCCUACUGGAACUGGCCCCUCCCGCCCUCGUAGAAGUCUUCAAGUCCGUGAAAAAUACACAAUGAAGAGGAAAAGAAGAAAACUGAAUGCCCAAAUAAGUGCACUUACUCAAAACAACCCAACUUCGAGAAAAAUCGAAAAGCUGAAAACCGAAGUUAAUCUUCUGACCUUCGAAAUAAGUGAACUUGUGAUCAAGCAACUUAACGAAAAAGAAGUAAAAGCUGUAAGUACAAUAAAGACGAACCCAAGAUUCUUUUAUUCUUACGCUAAACGAUUUGCAAAGGUAAAAUCAUCCGUCGCCCCAAUUAGAGAUACAAACGGAACUCUGAAAAUGGACCCAGCGGAAAAAGCAGAAAUUCUCCAGACUCAAUAUGUCACAGUCUUCAGCAACCCAAAUUCUGCCAAUGUUGAAGAAUGCCUCACCGGAUUAGAUCCUCAUCCAAAGGAAGAUCUCAACACAUUCACCUUCACAGCAGACGACAUAUCAGAUGCCAUAAAGGAACUGGACCCGUAUGCCUCCACCCCUGAUGGUGACAUCCCGGCCAAGAUCCUAACUAAAUGUCGAAGGACAAUCGCUGAACCAAUUUAUCUACUCUGGAAACACUCAUUUGAUAACGGAAUCAUACCAUCUGGUAUGAAGACACAGUACAUCACGCCUGUGUUCAAGAAAGGAGACCGAACAUCUGCCGCUAACUAUCGCCCUGUCUCGAUAACCUCUCACAUUAUUAAGAUAUUUGAGAGAGUGAGACGCAGAGAACGAUACAUCAUAAUCCAUACAUGGAAGAUGAUGAAUGGACUAGCUCCGAACGACAUCAACAUGCAGUUCAAGGAAAGCUCCCGGCACGGUAUAAAGGCCACUGUGCCUGCAUUUAAUAAAAAGGCACAAUGCUCAAUCUCGACCCAUUAUGAAAACUCUUUCGGAGUAAAAGCAGCCAAACUAUGGAACCUGCUCCCUAAGGAAGUUAACAAAAUCCAAAUCUUGGAAAUUUUCAAAUCCUCCCUUGCUAAAUUCUUGAAAGGCUUCCCGGAUACCCCGCCCACAAAAGGGUAUACCGCCAUCACAAAUAACUCUCUUCUGGAAUGGACUCUACAAAAAGAUCUAACCCAGGAGUGA